AUAUAUUAAUAUAUCUAGUAAUAAUUUGCAUAUUACAAUAAUUUGUAUUCAGUAUUUUUUAAAUGAAUCGCUUUGAAUAUAUAGAGGCCAGAUUAAAUGAAAAUGAAGCGUUUGUUAGUAGAGAAUCACAGAUAAAAUUAUAUGAUGGUGACCAAAAAACUCAAUUUGAGGAAGGUGACUUAGUAUUAACAUCACAUCGAUUGUUUUGGGGAAGAGCCGGAGAUAUUGCAAAAGCGGCUGUUUGUUUAUGUCUAAAUUUAAAGUAUGUAAUUUCUGUUAGUGAAGAGCAGGCAAGUAAUUUUAUAUUUGGUCGCAAAACUCGUUUGAUUUUACAUUUGCGACAACAAGAUAGCAACAAAUUGCCUGGACCUCUAGAUAAUAGUAUAAAUGCAUUCAUAAAACUCUCCGGGAAACAUGGUGUGCUGCCAGAAUUUUCGAUUGCAUUGAAAGAGACAUUACAAGCUAAAGUUUGGAAUAUAAAACUAAUCAGUAAUGAAAUCGAAAAUAACCAAAAGGAGGACGUUACACAUCAAGAUAAUAUAACAAGAGAAACUAGGCUAAGAAUGCGUACUGGUAUUGGUGGUAUUGAAAAAGCAAUAGAGCAAAAAACGAAAGAAACAGACGAAAAUAUUGCUUUAGCUUUCCAAGAUCUUAGAGUGCUGAUGGGAAUGGCAAAAGAAAUGGUCUGCAUAUCGCGGGUAAUCUGUGACAAAAUACGUUCUCAAAAAGGAGACAUUUCGAACGAUGAGACGGUACGCUUUAAGUCCUAUCUUUUAAGUUUGGGUAUAGAUGACCCUGUAACUAGAGGAGGAUUCACAAAUGAGUCGGAAUACUAUAAAAGCUUAGCAGAACAAUUAUGUAUUAUGCUACUGGAUCCUUUAGAGGAAUCUGGAGGAAUGAUGUCUUUAGCUGACGUAUAUUGUCGUGUUAAUCGUGCUCGUGGUUUGGAAUUACUCUCUCCAGAAGAUUUGCUCAACGCAUGUCGUUCACUAAAUGGUCCUAUCAACUUGCGCUAUUUUCCUAGUGGAGCUAUGGUAUUGCAGUUAGAAUCGCAAGACGAUCAAUUAACAGCAUCUGAUACUUUCGAUUUAGUACACAAAUCUACCUCAUUAGCAGUUGAAGAACUAUCAAAGUUACGCAACAUUUCAUUGCUUUUAGCUAAAGAGCGUUUGUUGGCUGCGGAGCGUCUAGGGAAAUUAUGUAGGGAUCAGUCGUUAGAAGGUUUAAGAUUCUACCCAAACUUUAUUCUAAACACUCCUUUGGUUAACCUUUAAAGAGAGACCGGAAAACUUUUUAUUUUCUUUUCAAAUAAAUAUUUUUACUGUUUAAAAUGAAUGUUCAUAUGUUCAAAAAAAUAAA